AUGUAUCUAGCUAAAUUUUCCACUGUGAUAAUAUGUGAACCUUUGGGAGAUCUGCGACUAAGUUAUUUUCCACAACUAUCAGUCGCCAAUGAACUCAGGGUCUUUGGGCGUUGUUUCGCUGAAACUGCACCAAUUAAGUCUGAGUCUCAGAAAGACAAAGGAAACGUGAAGAAAGAAAUGGGCAGGAAUUCACCAAAUACAGCGAUUCUGCCUGCAGCACGACGGCCGCUCCUGUUUACCAGGCUCACUGAACAUCCUCGCGGUCUUCUCGUCUCCUGGAGCAGGCAGCUCCAGGCCAGCGCGCAGGACAGGCGGCUGGAUGAGCCCGGCAGCAGUCCGCAGAGCGCACAAAUCAUCCCCGCCGUGCUGCGACUUGCCCAAGUAAGGCCGGGCGCCUUGGCCGCGCAGCCCGCGUCUCACCUGCGUGGUACGUCCUGGACCGCGCUGGGGGAUGCCACCGUCGUCUGCUGCUCCCCGGCCUCCCUUAGGGCCACGAGGCCUCGAAACGGGGCAGAGACGCGCCGGGCUCUGCAGUGGCGGGAGUUGUCCUGUCGUUCCAAAACGCGGCCCGUUUUUAUCCAUGACUAUGAGAAACCUCCCCCGGGGCUAAUUAAGGAGAAUGAAACAAAACCAGAAGACUGCAUACCUGAUGUACCAGGCAAUGAAAGUGCACGAGAAUUCCUGGCACAUGCCCCAACAAAAGGGCUUUGGAUGCCUUUAGGAAAGGAAGUCAAAGUUAUGCAGUGUUGGAGGUGUAAACGUUAUGGACACAGAACAGGAGAUAAAGAAUGCCCAUUCUUUAUUAAAGGCAAUCAGAAAUUGGAACAAUUUAGAGUAGCACAUGAAGAUCCAAUGUAUGAUAUAAUAAGAGAAAAUAAACGUCAUGAAAAAGAAAUGAGGAUACAGCAACUGAAGCAGCUCCUGGAAGACUCUACCUCAGAAGAUGAUGAUGAUAACAGUGAUGACAGCAGUGAGGAUGAUGACGACAAUAGCAGCAGCUCCACUUCCUCAGAAUGUAGAGAUAAACACAAAAAGAAAAAGAGAAAGAAGGAAAAGAAAAAAAAAGAAAAGAAGAAGAAAAAAAAGAAAAAGCAUAAAUCUUCUAAAUCUAAUGAGAGGUUGGAAUCUGACUGACAGCAGGUGCCUGCUGCAUGCUUGCUGACCCCUACUUGUGAACUGUAAGAAAACAUCCAAAGAAUGAAGAAACAACCACCAGGAAGGGCUUUGUUAAACUCAGAACACAGAGAUGGAUACAUUAGCAUCCUACAUUGGCUCUUUUCUUCUGCCCCUCUGCAUCACUGCAGCCAGAAAAGAGAGAGAUGCAUUAAACAAUACUUUUACUCAAUCAACCGUUAUCUCUACGCUGCAGAACCUGUGCUAGGGUCAUCUAGCCAGGUCGGACUGGGCCUCUGCAUUCUCACAUGUGACAAUGGCUACAAAGCAGUGACUACCAAAGUAUUGCUAACAGAUCAGCAGAAUUCAGCAGACUGUCUACUGAAGUACGUUUUCUCUGUGAAGUAAUCUCAUAUA